UAUAAAAAUUCGACAUUUCCAAUUCCAUUUCCAAAAACUCAAGGAAGGAUUGAAAUUUCCGUCGAGGUGAAGGAAUUCCGUUUUUCGUCCCUUUGGAAGAAUUUCGAUUGCGAUGGAGCAAACGCGCCGGGCCGACGACGAGCCGGUGAUCGGAAUCCCCUACAGCGCCGCCGCCGCGGCGUACCAAGCGCCGCCGCCGCCGCCGCCGCAUCAGCAGUACUAUGUGCAUCCGCACCCUCAUCAAGCUGGUAUGAUCCCUCCCAACGCCAUCUAUGGCGAUCCCAAGGGAAUUCCUAUCCACCAGACCAUGUACCGCGAUACCCCCGCCCCCUUCAACUGUGUUUACUGCGGCGACUCCGGUCUCACCACCGUCAAGUCGAAGCUAAGUUUAGCUGCAGUCGUUGGUUGUAUGAUGCCAAUGUGUCUUGGCGUAUGCUGUCUGUGCCGCAGUUUCGACUGUCUAUGGCACAAAUAUCAUUACUGUCCGCACUGCAACCAGAAGGUAGCUGAUUUUGAGAAAUCCGAUAUGUGCGCAGCCAUGGAUGUUCCGAACUGGACACAGCCGAGCUUCGCUUUGCCAGCUUAAGGUCAAUUAUUCGUCUCUCUGCAAUUCCUUAUGCGCGAUUUAUUACAAACUAUUGAAUAUUAUAUAUAUAUAUAUAUAUCGUACGUUUGUGAACAUAUGUUGGUUAGGAGACGAUGUUAUCGUUGUAGAUAUACAUUGGUGUUGAAAAUUUGAAAGUUAUAUCAAACUCGUUUCAUGAAA